UGCUGCUGUCAGCUGGCCACCGCCAGACUUGGGGACCUCCGGCCGCGUUCCUGACCUGCCGCCUGACCAGCCGGGACCAUGGGGUGCUGCCCAGGGGACUGCUUCGGCUGCUGCCCUCAAGAACAAGACUGCUGUGAAGUGUGCUGCUGCCAGCCGGCCUGCUGUGGCUGCUGCGGGUCCUGCUGCGGGUCCUGCUGUGGCUGCGGCUCUGGCUGUGGAGGCUGCGGGAGCGGCUGCUGCGGGUCUGGCUGCUGCGGAUCUGGCUGCGGGACCUGCUGCGGCUCUGGCUGCUGUGGCCCCUCGGGGUGCUGCGGCCCUGUUUGCUGCCAGCCCACGCCUGUCUGCGACACGAAGUGAAGACCUUGCUCCCCUCCACUGAGGCAGUCUGGACGAAACCUCCAUCUGCUUCAGGUGGAGACCCCUUGUCUCCAGGACCUUCCAGGCCCCCAAGACAGUGUCCUGCCUUGGGCGUUAUUUGUAGAGGAGGGCUUGUUCUCCAGUGCCUGCCCUGGUGUUCAAGGCACUAAGAACAAGAGCCAUGCUGGUGAGGACUAAAACUGGGUCUCACCCAAAGUGAUCCCUGAAGCUCAAAGGGUGAACCCCCAUGACUUAAUUUUCAUGAACUUAAAUGUCUUGUCACUAUAAGGCAUCCUCUUACUCAAGGUUUCUUUGGGACUGAGGCCUCCUCCCAGCUUUCUGCUGCUUCUGAGAUACAAAAAUUCUUCUCUGUUAACUUCCCAAUAAAUUCAAGCAUGCUGCAUAACCAAAUUAGUUCUCCAGCCUCUUCCUUCAGCUCCCUCUUAGACACCGAGCCGGGAAAAUGUACUCUGGCACCUACAAUAGGGUUUUUGAAUGUGGUUUGUGGAUCACCUGCAUCAGAAUCACCUGGGGGCUAGGUAAAGUGGAGAUUCGGGAGCCCUCCCUGAGACAUGCAGAAUCAGAAUCCACAGGGUGUGGCCUGGCAAUCUGUAUUUUUAACAAGAACCCCAGAUAAUUCUUAUGCACUGAAGUUUGGGAACCAUAGAAGCAGACUAAAGCUUCCACGUGCUGCAUGAGAUUCACUCGGG